UCCCUGGGAAAGUCUGCGGAGAGAGGGAGAGGGAGAGGGGGGACGAGCCGAGCCGGAGACGAGAGAUCAUGGCGGCACCUCUCGGACGGGACACCCUACCUGACCACUGGUCGUACGGAGUUUGUAGAGAUGGACGGGUCUUCUUUAUAAAUGAUAAAACUCGUAGCACUACUUGGCUACAUCCACGCACUGGUGAACCUGUUAACUCGGGACACAUGAUACGGUCAGAUUUGCCAAGAGGAUGGGAAGAGGGCUUCACGGACGAAGGAGCCAGCUACUUCAUCAACCACAACCUGAGGGCUACAUCGUUCCGGCAUCCUGUUACUGGGCAGAUUUCCCCUGAAAACACAGAGUACACACUGCAGGACAGGUUAGAAGCCCGUAUGUCAAAGUCAGCGGCCAAUCAGAGAUCUCCCAACAUGGUCACCGAAUCCUCCAAGGUAGUGACCUCAGCAGCAGUGGAUGGCACCUCAGCACCAAAGGGCUCCAGGGGCCCCAGUAAAGUACACAGUUUUGGCAAGAGGGAUCAUUCAAUCAAAAGAAACCUUAACAUCCCUGUGGUGGUGAGAGGCUGGCUCUAUAAACAGGACAGCUCAGGAAUGCGACUGUGGAAAAGGAAGUGGUUUGUUUUGUCAGACUACUGCUUGUUUUACUAUAAAGACAGUCGAGAAGAGACGGUUCUUGGAAGUAUCCCUCUUCCUAGUUAUGUCAUUGCACCAGUCGAGCCUGAUGACCACAUAAACCGAAAAUACGCAUUCAAGGCGACCCAUACGGGAAUGCGCUCCUACAUUUACAAUAAGAACUCUGUGAUUGGCUCACAGGCAGAACACUGCGGGAUGCGGACAUAUUUCUUCAGUGCGGACACACAGGAGGACAUGAAUGGCUGGAUCCGGGCCAUGAACCAGGCUGCACUGAUGCAGCAGAGUCACACUAUAAAGAGAGAGAUGGAGAAGCCAAAGAAGACAGUGCAGCACAUCCCUCAGACCAACCACUUCCACAUUAACCAGCACUCGUCUCAGUCAGAAAGCCAUUGCAGAACAGACAGAGAGGAUCCCCGGGAUAAUGGCAUCCACCCGUCUAAUGGAGAUGGAGCGAGGUAUGGAUCAGACAUCCAGGGGAGGCCCGGCCAUUCAGCCCCAGAUGAGAAAGGAGAAAGACUCUCUCCAGACUCUCUGGAUGGUACCGCUCACAAGAAUGGACAGCAGACUGUGAUCCAGGUGGCUCUGCCCCCUGAACAAAAUGGAAAUCUGGUCUAUCAGAGGGGCUUUGUUUCACGGAAAGACUCUGAGAAACACGUGCAGAGGAAGAAUACACUGGCACAGGUGGAGCAGUGGGUCAAAGUUCAGAAAGGGGACCCACCAAAGAGUGCUCCCUCUGUUGAGUUUAACCUCCCUCGGCGGACUCCUCCUUUAAAGCCCAAAGCCAGCACAGCAGACAUCACUUAUCAUUCAUUGCCAAAGUCUCCCCAUCUCCCAUCUGGAAACAACUCACCUCCAGCACCAGUCAACCUGCCCAGUGACUACAAGUACGCCCAUGACCGACUCAGCCACUUCCGCAUGUCCACUGAUGAGCGUAUGGCCACCAAGGAGGGGAUGGUGUGGCAGCUGUACGAGUGGCAGCAACGGCAGCAAUUCCGCCAUGGCAGCCCCACUGCUCCUAUCUACACCGGUCCGAACUUCACAGACUCUUCCUCUUUCAGAGUGACUGUGGAGAUGCCUCGCUCCAUCUCUGUUCCCCCCUCCCCAUGUGAAGUCCCACCAUCACUCCCUUCCUUCAAACCCCUGUCCCCUCGCAGGCCACACACUCCCUCAGACAGACGCACAGUCAGGCCGCUGGACGAAGUGUUAACCACAGACAGCACGAGAUCAAGCUCCCCUGGCCAUAUAUGCGCCCAACUCUCUCAGGUGGUGUCACUAUGUGUGAGUGAGAGCUUGCUUCUACGACGUUCCCCAAACCAUCGCAGCGCUCAGACAACACCAACACUGCCACAGGAGACAGAGCGAGGGCCCGUCCUGCCAUCCACACCCUGCGCUGUCUGCCAACCACACCCUCCACAUACCUCCCAAAUAGAGAGAAGGUCCAUGCCAGCCAUGGGCUACAUCACACACACUGUCAGUGCACCCAGCUUGCAUGGGAAAACGCCAGAGGAGCUGACUCUGCUCCUCAUUCAGCUUCGGAGGCACCAGGCUAAGAUGGCUGGUGUGCAUAGCCCCAGUGAUGCGUUCGCUCACCUGCAGCACCACCAGCACAAUGGCCUUCUGGGCCCCAGCAUGCAGGCCGAUGAUACUUACAUACAACUGAAGAAGGACCUGGAGUAUCUAGAUCUGAAGGUGGGCCCCAACAAAGUCACUGGACGUGAGAGUUUAAAAAAAGACAGACCAUCGCGGCCUGUGAAAAUAGCAGAAAGUGAUGCUGACGUGAAAUUAAGUCGACUGUGUGAACAAGAUAAGAUUCUGCAGGAGCUGGAAACCAGCAUUCGCACUUUGAAAGAGGACAAGGACAAGCUGGAGUCUGUGCUGGACGUUUCCCACCAGCAGAUGGAGCAGUACAGAGAUCAGCCGGCACAUGCUGAGAAGAUUGCGUAUCAGCAGAAAUUAUUACAAGAGGACGUGGUGCACAUCAGGGCUGAGAUAUCCCAAGUCUCUACAGAGAUGGAGAACGCAUGGAACGAGUACAGCCGGCUGGAAAGAGAUGUGGACUGGCUGAAGUCAGCCCUGCAGGGACAGAUGACCCGUAGUGAUCUUUCUCAGCAAGAGAAAGUACAGAUCAGAAAAGAGCUGUGGAGGAUUGAGGAUGUCAUCGCAGGCCUCAGCACGAGUAAAGCCAACUACAAAGUCACCAUCUCCUCUGUUACCAACCCAGAGAGGAAAUUUGUGCCUUCAGUGUCGGCGUCAUCAGUGCCUUCUGUGUCUGGGAGCCCGUCUGCUAUGGAGAUGAGAUUGUCGCAGCAGCCACAGCACAGCCCCCACCUCAGCCCCAGUAUUCACACCCCCACCCUGUUCUCCAGCCCCAGCCAGCAGCCUUUACAGCACUCUGCAACUAUCACAAGUGGGCUUAACUGGGGUGAGGAAGAUGUGCCUCCCAGACCUCCUCUACCUCAGCUCUACAGUCCUGAAGAGCAUCCUCCUGCUGUGCCCCCCCUGCCCCGAGAGACCACAGUCAUCAGACACACAUCUGUACGCGGUCUCAAGCGACAGUCAGAUGAACGCAAAAGGGACAGAGAGACUGGACAGCACACUAAUGGGGACAGUAAGGUCGAACUUCGGCCUUUCCUCAGCGAUCCAGAGCUUAUGGGAGCUGGGGAUGGCUCCAGCCACAUCAGUGUAGUAACAUCAUCUGGACCUGAGGGUUACCUGACAUUGCCCAGCAGAGGAGUGGCUGGUUCCUCUCUAAGACAAAAUCAGUCUUCAAGCAUCACCUCAUAUGUGACCCUCCGAAGAGCAUGCUCAGCUGCUGGUGUGAAGGAGAGACCAAAAAGUGCCUUGGAGCGUUUGUACUCCGGGGACUCGGCGCAACAGCAGCAGCAGCAGAGGGGGAAGAUGAGUGCUGAUGAGCAGCUGGAGAGAAUGAAGAGACACCAGAAGGCCCUCGUCCGCCAGCGCAAACGCACCCUGAGUCACGGAGACCGACACAGCUCUUCUUCACCACGGCCGUCAUCCUCAUCCUCACGCCCGCUUUCAGCAGACGUUGGAUCAUGGAAGAGAGAGCAGGAGUUUGACCUGCAGUUGCUGGAAAGGGCUGUACAAGGGGAGGAAGCACAGGGAGUGAGGAGCGUUCAGGGGGAAGAAAGACCCCCCGAGCACAAAGAGAGACCGCGGCCGCACUCCGACGAAUGGCUGACCUUCCGCUCCAAAGUGACAACCCCACCCACGCAUGAGCCCGACCUGGAACCCCUGGAUUAUGAUCUGGACCUUAACAAAGAACUUUCCAAGCCUCAGAAAGUGUUGAUACCAGAGCGAUAUGUGGAUACAGAGCCUGAAGAGCCUCUGAGUCCACAGGAAGUGGAGGAGCGCCAUCGUAAAGUAGAGCGCAUCAAGAGCAUCUUGGCAAAAUCAAGUGUGCAGACCCUUGCAGCUACAGUGCCUGUGGACAAGCCAGAUGUGGGGCUGGUGGCCCUUGACUCAGCUCUUCAGGAGCAGGAGAGGAUCAUCACCAUGUCCUAUGCUCUCGCCUCGGAGGCUUCGCUUAAGAGCAAACUGGUAGCAGUCCCACCACAGGCUAACCUCCCCAUCCCUCCUCCUCCUCCUCCUCCCCCACCUCCACCUCCUCCUCUCCCUCCUGUAUCUGCCGUGUCUGUGGCGUCUCCCUCUCCUCUAAGCAACGGGAUUCACUACACGUUUGUCUAAUCCAAGAAAUAAAGUAAGGUCUAACUGCAUGCUUUAUGGUGCUAAUGUUUCACUAAUCCUCUGUAAAACGGGUCUCCUGCCUGCUCUGCACCUCCCUGCAUGCUCUCUGCUCUGCUGUGAUUGUAGCAAACAGGUUCAGGAAGAGCUGCCUCUGCUCCCAUUAUAAUCCAAACAAACAUCUGCAGGCAGUCUGCUCAUCCCACUGUGAUAAUUGUCUGUAAAUUGUUUUUUUUUUUCUUUUUGUACUGCUGCCAAAAUAUUUAUGGAUGGAUGGGGGAAUAAAAGGGCUCCAACUAACAAGACUGUUUGUAGCAUUGUGUAUAAUUAACAAAAGAGACACCUUUUGAUUUAGCAGCUAGCAGCUUGACAGCUCAGUAGUCAGCACAGCUGCAUUCCUCAGCACCAAUUAGCUCCCCAUCUGUAGCCUGGUGGAGAAAAGUCUGCAAAAACAGCACGUAUCACUGUUGUUACUGUAAAUGCAGAAAAAGGUGUCAUUUUAUGCAUUAUUAAAAAACUUCCACCCAUCAGCCCAUAUUUGAUUACUAAAUGUUGUUCUUGAAUUCUUCUUCUGAAAUCUGUGAAUCUCCACAGACAAGAAAGUGUGAAAUUAUGAAACAGAAAUUGAAAAAUAUUACAACAUAUGGGAACAAAGGCAUAAAAUAAUCAAAUAUUGAUAAAUGUACACAUUAAUGUGUACUUCUACCUGUGGUUAAUUCAUGUCAGAGGAAGUAAAAGCAUGAAUUAUCUCCUCUUCAGUGUUGCAUGACUUGAAUGUGUCAUUACGACUACAUAUGGGACUUCAUUCCUUCAGAACUUGUGUGGCUGCAUGCUUUACAAUAUAGUUUUUGUGUGCUGUGUGUGAUUAUUUUUUGUAGACUGUUCAGGUUGCUGUUUGAGGUGGGCCGUAUUGUGUAGUUAUUGCUCUGCUGUUGAGUAGUUUAGUUUCCACUGGUAAUGAUUAAAAAGGCAUACAAGAUCUACUAGAUGAUUUUAUAGCACAUUACAGAUCUGUUUAAAAUUGGGGUGUUUGUGCAUAACCUUUGUCUGACCAAUCAAAUUUGCAGCUAAUGCUACCAGGAGUCUUACACCAAAAGAGGUGAUUUAAAAAUAAGAAAAGAAAAACAUUGGUAUCAAUUUAAUUGUUAUAUUUAACAUCUGCAUCAGCAUCUGCCCUAAUUUCAUAAUUAGAACAUUUCUACGAAUGAUCAAUCCAGGGUGUACCUUAACCCUUGCCCAGUGGCAGCUAGGACCACCUUCAGCCCCAAGCAACUCAAAAAGGGUCAAGCUGUAUAGAAAAUGGAUGAGUUACACGGUGAAGCAUGGGACAGGAAGAACAUAUUCCAUUUUGGACUGAAUGAUCUAGAUCAAAUCUGAAAUAUCCGAUAGAUGUUUUUAGAUGUUCAGUGUUUUCACACAGUUUUUUUUUUUUGUUCUUUUUCCUUGUAAGUGAUAGGCUUAUCUGUACUAACUAAAAGUACCCAUGUUUUAGCCCCCUUUUUGUACUUGAUGAGGAAUUUUCUCUGCCAGGGAAGUUUGACCUUAUGUUUUCCACUGCAUGGAUAGAGGAAACUCUAAAAGAAUCAAUAAGCGGGUGUACUCCACAGUGUUUAUCGGCCUUCUCUUUUAAACUUUUCUGAAUAUUUGUAAUCUAGUUUUCUAAAAAGAACAUGCCAUGUAUUUAUUUGGGAAAAAAUAUUUUGGUUUGAUAAAUUGUACGUUUUUUUUUUUUUUUCAAAUUU